AUGAAGUUGUUCUCUACUCUCGCCCUCGCCCUCAUCCCUUCCUCCGCCUUUGCCGUUACAAUUGGCUACGAUAGUGGCUAUGGCAUUAGCACCAACUCACUCGCCAAUGUCGCUUGUUCCAACGGCGCUAAUGGUCUCCUGACCAAGGGAUUCACCACAUACGGCUCCCUUCCCACCUUCCCUAACAUCACAUCAUCUGAUUCCAUCGCGGGAUGGAACAGUCCGAACUGUGGGACUUGCUGGCAGUUGUCAUACAACGGUCUCACCGCUACGGUAAUAGCAAUUGACCAUGCGCUGUCAGGAUUCUACACUUCGCAGGCCACAUUAGAUGCUUUGACAGGCGGACACGCAGUUGAGUUUGGAACGGUGCAGGGUACGGCGACCCAAGUUGCUGCAUCGGCUUGCGGCUUGUAA